UUUCCUCUGGGCUGGGUCUCAUGUUCCUCAAUCUUCAUUCACAUCAGAAGGUUUUUGAACGGCAAAGCAGCAGCACGUUCUGGACGAUCACAUUCUGACGUAUCCAACACUUCACUGAGAAGAUGAGGCUUUGUUUUCUCUUCUGUGUUUUCUGUGUAAUUGUUCCCAUGAGCCUCAGUCAGCAGACAGGUCCCCCUGGUGAGAAAGGUGAAAGAGGACUUCCUGGAGAACCUGGAUUACCAGGAAGUAAGGGAGAAGCAGGAGUUCCUGGAUUUCCUGGAUUUCUUGGACAAAAGGGAUUACCUGGAUCACCGGGGCUUCCUGGACUUAAAGGAGAAAUUGGGAAUACUGGAUUUCCUGGAACUUCUGGACGAAUGGGAGAGCCUGGAACGACAGGAGCAGUUGGACCACCUGGACCCGUCACCAUGUGUGGACGAGAGCUCUUUAAAUCUUUCACACAGGAUGUUGAAGGACUGAUGAAGAUCACCGCUAAGCUGGACCUUGCUAUAACCUUUGACUUUGUGCGGAAGGUGGGUCAGAAAUACUUUGUGUCCAACAAGGAGAGAGGAUCUUUCCAGAAGGCUGCAGAUUUCUGCCAGCAACGAGGCUUGGAGCUGGCUCUGCCCCAGAGUGAGGAGGAGAACCACAUGCUGCUUCAGCUGAUGGGUCAAGAUGAGAAAAGAGCCUGGAUCAACAUCAACAUGAGAAAGGCAGGAGGGAACUUCCUGUCCGACAUGAAAAAUCGACCUCUGACCUUUACCAAAUGGGGAGAAAGCCAGCCGGAUGAAAGCAUUCAGGACAGCGGCUGCAGCAUGGCAGCUGAGGACGGCACCUGGAGAGUGACAGCAGACUGUUCUCUGGACGCUGACAUCAUCUGUCAGCUGUAGGAAGAUCAUCCACCAGGCAGCUUCCUGAGUAAUCUAGAUAUGACUUUAGCUAACCUUUGUAGAGCGGUGCUUCAGCCUUUUUACAACUUAAUCCAGAUUAGUGCAUUCAGACUGCUGUCAUCACUCAGUCUUGAUCUGUUUGUCCUGAUGGAGUUUAUUCACACUCAGUCUAAUAAUCAUUUCACAGAUCCUUUAUAUAUGACAUAUUUAGGUGUUCAUACUUAAUGAAAUUGUUGAAUGCCGUAAUGAUUUUUUUAAAUAGUAUAUUAAUAGUCAUUAGUGGAACUCGAUGAGAGAUAUUUGUGUGAAACAUACUGUAUACACUGUUAAGUUUAAUUCUUUAUCAUAAAUAAAGAUUUGACUGAUAGAUAAAA